GUACUAUUUUAAUUUCUCUUCAAGAUAAUUCGCUCGUUUUCCUCGUUACAAAGCUUAUAGGUCGGUACAUAAUUUAUUGGUCGAGCCACAGCUAUAUUUAGUUAUUUACCAACAUUACCAUAAGGGACAUAUAUGUCUUUUUCACAUUUCCCGUAUCUCCUCCUAUAUAUAAAGCUUAGUGAUGUCGUGGAAAACCAACCAUAUGAAUCUCACGAUCAAAGAUAAUAUCUCAUCAUCUAUAUAGUAUUUGUCUCGAUAUUAGAGACGUACACACUUUGUUUAUACUCAAAUCAAUAUGGGAUCUUUCGUGAAAGAAGAAACGUCGUCGUUGAUGACAGAUUUUUUGGAGAAGUGCGGUGGUUAUGCGGUGGUGGAUGGAGGGUUUGCGACGGAGCUACAGCGCCACGGAGCUGAUAUCAAUGAUCCACUUUGGAGUGCUAAGUGCCUUAUUACUUCUCCUCACCUUGUUACAAAGGUGCACUUGGAUUACCUUGAAUCUGGAGCAAAUAUCAUCAUAACAGCAUCUUACCAGGCGACGAUACAAGGUUUUGUGGCAAAAGGUCUAUCGGUGGGAGAAGCAGAAAAUUUACUUAGAAGGAGCGUUGAAAUCACGUACGAGGCACGUGAGAUUUUCUACAACAGAUGCACCAAGGGUUCAUGGGAUUUCGCCUACGCUGGAAAAGCUUCCCGGAGACCAAUUCUUGUCGCAGCUUCCGUUGGUAGCUAUGGAGCUUAUCUCGCUGACGGCUCCGAAUACAGUGGGAUAUAUGGAGAUUCUGUGAGUAAGGAGACAUUAAAGGAUUUCCAUAGAAGAAGAGUUCAAAUCUUAGCAAAAUCUGGAGCCGACCUAAUAGCAUUCGAGACUAUUCCAAAUAAGCUCGAAGCAGAGGCUUAUGCGGAUCUUCUUGAGGAGGAAGAUAUCGAUAUUCCGGCAUGGUUCUCGUUCACUUCCAAGGACGGAGUCAGUGUGCCACGAGGAGAUUCAGUUGUAGAAUGUGCGAAAGUGGCAGAUUCAUGCAAGAACGUGGUGGCCAUUGGAAUCAAUUGUACUGCACCAAGAUACAUUCAUGCUUUAAUUAUCUCCUUGCGCCAGAUGACACGCAAACCAAUCGUUGUAUACCCAAACAGCGGGGAAGUCUACGACGGUCUGAACAAGAAAUGGAUUAAGUCAGAGGGAGAGUCAGAGGAGGAUUUUGUGUCGUACGUGAGUAAAUGGAGAGAUGCAGGAGCUUCUCUGUUUGGAGGAUGUUGUCGGACUACUCCAAACACCAUCAGAGCCAUUGCUAAAGUUCUCUCCGACGAACCUUCUGCAGCAUCAAAACCCAAAUUCGGGCAAUAGACUUGUCAACGGUGAAUUUCUAUGCUUGUGAUGUCAGGAAGGAGUUUAAAAUGUACAAUAACGCAAGCGUAGUUCUGUAAUCUACUAAUAUGUUGAAACUAUAAAUAAUGGUAAACUAUGUUAGAGACAACUGUGUAAUUAGCGUAUGAUAAUAAUGGAGUUUAAACGAUAAUUUGAUGUUAUAGUAAGCAUAUUUUUAUUAUUGUGCUGUACGAAUAUAUAAAAGUGAUUAUAGGCUGUAUUAAUUUUGUAAGCUAUGAGGAAUAAAUAAGCUUUUCUUAUA